UUGCUUAACUACAGCAACAGAUUAGGACAGUGAUAGAUGGACGGCUUGUGAGACUGUGUCUAGUAUUCAGUGAAAACCACAGUAGUAUGUUACAAUAAUGUGCACGAAGGUUCACAAUGAAUAAAAAUGAGUGUGGAGGCAUUCCGUUUGAAGCCAAAAGUGACCACUUUUGCAAUUUUAUCAAGACUUUUUGUACUUACCUUGUCAUGUCUGUCUAAUAAUUUAAUACCUGAUCACAAUUCUGAUGCAUUUAUUAGUCCACCAAAUCCUCAUGAAAAGAAUGCCACAGUCUGCGAUAGUAUUGUCAGUUUCCUCUUUGGUGGUAUUAACCGCUGGGACGCCCAGUAUUUUUUGCACAUUUCUCGGUAUGGAUAUACAUUUGAAAAUUGCCUUGCUUUCUUUCCCACGUUUCCAAUCCUUACAUAUCUGACAUCGAGGAUCUUGUAUAUUCCUCUCUCAAUCAUUCUUAAUGAAACAUCUGUGACAACUUUUUGUGCAGUUGUCAUUAAUUUUUACUUUUUUGUAAAGGCUGCAGAAGUAUUAUAUGAUUUGACAGAGAAACUGUUCAAGAAUUGUCAACUGGCUUAUGUUGCUUCUAUAAUGUUUUGUGUAAAUCCUGCCAGCAUCUUCUUUAGUGCACCAUACUCUGAAACGCUAUUUUCCUUCUUUUCGUUUUAUGGGAUGUACUUAUCUGUUUCAGAUCAUGGUAUUCUUUGCAGUGUGCCUUUAGGUCUUUCUGCAUCGGUGAGAUCCAAUGGGAUAUUAAAUACUUGGUUUCCAUUAUUCAAUAUUGCCAAUAAUUUAUUCCAAAGAUUAUCAAAUAAACUCAAAUCUGAUAAAAGAAUUGUGAAGAGGACAGAUGUAAUAGAUGCAGAUGGUUCCUUCAUGAAUCUGUUCUUGAAGGCUGUGUUAGUGACUGUUAUUUCAUUGGCACCAUUUUUUGCAUUUCAAGCGUAUUGUUAUUCCAAAUAUUGCAAAGCUGAUACUUAUGACAUCGCUGCCUUCUUAGCCAUAUUUGCACAUGAGAAAGAUUUUGUCUUGCCUGGCUCAAGAUAUCUUCCGUGGUGUGAUGACAAACUCAUUUUUCCUUAUAUGUAUGUGCAACAACAUUACUGGAAUGUUGGUUUCUUGAGAUACUACGAAUUGAAGCAGAUCCCUAAUUUUAUUCUUGCUGCUCCAGUUAUAUUCCUAAUAUUCACAAUGACAUUUUGUUUUGUGAGCUUACACACGAACUUUAAUAUGCGAUUUUUGAACUUAAAGGUAGAGUCUAGUUCAGGUAUGCCACUGAACAUUCUCCCUUUUAUUGCUCAUGCUGCUGGACUGACAAUAUUUUGCUUACUAAACAUUCAUGUGCAGGUGACAACUAGAAUGAUAGCUUCAUCAAGCCCAGUACUGUACUGGUUUUCUGCAUAUAUUCUAACUGGUAAACUUCACAUCUCAAAUGAAGCCUGCAAGAAACAAGAUAAAAAAGAUGUAUCACAGAAAAAAACAAAAUCUAUAGAGUUUGAAGCAAAAUUUGAAGAUUGGUGGAACAUUUUGUUUGUGACUUUUGACAUACCUCAAAAAAAGUGUUCAAAGUUUAUCAAAAUUUAUUUCAUAUCUUAUUUAAUCAUUGGAACCAUACUUUUCAGUAACUUUUAUCCAUGGACUUAAAAGGUUCUCACAAAUAGAAAGAAGACUGACUUUUUUCCUUUCUUCCUUAAUCAAAUGAACAAAUGAGAACAUGUGUUUCAUUGUAUCAUUACACUAAAAUUUGUGUCAAUUACUGGUGAGAAACAGUAUUUACUUUUAAUUUAUGGACAUUUAAAGCAAUCUUGUUCUCAAGACAAUGAUGACCAAGGACAAUGAAUAUGGUAUUUAAUCAAAGAAAUGCUUAAGAGCCUUGUGAUAAUCGUAAACUUGAAACUAUUAUUCUUAUAUCUGAUAGUGAUUUGUUACAGAAUACUUGUAUCUUUAGAAGAAUAAGCAUUAGAAUAAAGAACUUACAACAGGA